AUGUUUCUUGGAUCAAUUAUUUUGUGGAUAUUACUUCUCGAGACAACAGCACGAGCUGUGCAAAGUAAUCAUGAAACUGUAACCCGAGGAGCAUCGCCAUCAUGCGUCGAUCCACCAGUCAGAAAGGAGUGGAGAACCCUCAAUUCUAUCGAAAAACAAUCAUAUAUCGAAGCAGUAAAAUGUCUGACUACAAAGCCAGCCAUCUCUGGGUUUUCUGCAGCAAUCAAUCGAUUUGACGAUCAUCAGGCGGUUCACAGCGAUCAGACGCCCACUAUUCAUUGGGUGGGCCAUUUUAUCCUGUGGCAUCGCUAUUUUGUGGCGACCUAUGAGAAAGCUCUCCGCGAUGAAUGCGGUUACACUGGUGGUCAACCGUAUUGGAAUUGGUCUCUUGAUGUCUCCUCAGUCAAUGAUACGAACAGUACCGCCGUCUUUUCAAGCCCUGUAUUCGAUCCAGAGACAGGGUUCGGUGGUAAUGGGCCGUACGUAGAGACUAACAGUACGAACAACCCGUUCAAUUUGACUAGCCGCACUGGAGGUGGCUGCGUUAUGGAUGGCCCCUUUACGCAAGAUCAGUUUACAGUGAAUGUGCCAAGUCCGCACUGCCUCACACGAGACUUUAUACCUCCAAUCAUGAACGGCUGGGCUCAGCAGAGUCUUGUUGAUCAAGUCCUUGCUACAGAAGACUACACCGCGUUUGCUCGGGCGGUGGAAAACGUACCGAGCUUUGAUCAGCCCAACAUCCAUGGGGGUGGUCACUUUGGUGUCGGUGGUGCGCUGGGCACCAUUGGCGAUGCGAACAAUAGCCCUGGCGACCCUCUCUUCUAUUUACACCAUGGGAACUUGGACCGCAUUUUCUCUCUGUGGCAGUCCAAAGACCUCCCCGUGCGAACAAAUCAAGUUGGUGGUCCAAUCGUUCCAUUCGACUAUGGUGGACAGAAUGUUACCCUGGACUUCGAAAUCAAUAUUGGGGCAUUGGCUCCAAAUGUAACGCUGAAGCAGGUGUUGGAAAUCCAAGGCAGCGUCUUGUGCUAUUCCUAUGCCGACUUGUCUCAGUAG